AAUGCUGGCACCGGCUUACAAUUUGGGCUCUCCCGGGGAGGAGAUCGGUUUUAUAAUCCAGUUAAGGCACGGCGUUCCACUUUGGAAAAUGACAGAUUACGUAGAGCACACAGCGACUUGACGGAGAGUUGGCCUGCGAAUCGUGUAGAGUCUGAGGAAGCCAAAAAGUCCUCUUUCACGCCCGUGGGGAAGCCAUUGAGUAAUUUAGAGCGGUUCCUUCAAGCGAUCACGCCGUCUGUGUUUGCUCAGUAUCCAUCUAAGACGACCAUGAAAGUUUUCAAGACGUGUGACGGGGAGUUUCAACCUUAUUUUGUUCUUGGUGACUUGUGGGAAUCUUUCAGGGAGUGGAGUGCAUAUGGUGCAGGAGUGCCCCUUGUACUUAAUGAUAAUGUUAGCGUUGUUCAGUAUUAUGUUCCUUAUCUUUCUGGAAUUCAAAUUUAUGCGGAUUCUGUGAAGCCAUCUGCAAAGCCAAGGCAACCAGGUGAGGAUAGUGACACUGAUUUCAGGGACUCAAGUAGUGAUGGUAGCAGUGAUGGUGAACCUGAAAGAGGAUUGAAAUGCUUGAGGGACCAGAGAAAUCUUCAACAUCCUUCAGACGAAGUUUCUCAUCAGAUGGACAGAUUAUCCUUGAGAGACCACCUUGAUGUUCCUCAGGAUGGCUUUUCUAGUGAUGAAGGUGAGGCUGUCAAUUCUCGAGGCCACUUAAUUUUUGAGUAUCUUGAACGGGACCCUCCUUAUAGCCGUGAACCUUUGGCUGACAAGAUAUUGGACCUUGCUUUUCGUUUCCCUGAGCUGUCAAGGCUUAGAAGUUGUGAUAUACUAUCUGAUAGUUGGAUUUCUGUAGCAUGGUAUCCUAUUUACAGAAUACCAACUGGACCAACAUUGAGGGAUCUUGAUGCUUGCUUUUUGACGUUUCAUUCUCUUCAUACACCUGUGGGAGGUUCGCAAGGGGUUCAGGCUCCCAUAGUGACAUGUCCCUGUGAGAUUGAUGGCAUCCCCAAAAUGUCUUUGCCUGUUUUUGGUCUUGCUUCGUACAAGUUCAAAGCAUCUAUGUGGACCCCAAAUGGUGGAUAUGAUUGCCAAUUAGCUAGUGCUCUCUUGCAGGCUGCUCGUAAUUGGUUAAGAUUGCUUCAGGUCAAUCACCCAGAUUUUCUGUUUUUCUGCCGGUGAUGCCGCUGUGAAGGCGGAUCUUCCUUUGGCUGUUAAGUGGCAGUCCUAGCUUGGCCCCAUUUUCAAAUGCCAAGAUUUAAAUGAAUUCUGGAGUUUCUCACUGAAUUCACUGGAAGAAAAAGUGAAAAAGAAAAUGAUAAACUAUGUCUUCCGUGAUUUCCUGCUUUGGUUAUCAAAGCAGUGAAAGUUUGGACAAGCAUCUCUACAGAGGUUCCUCUGGGAUGUGUUGAUGGUGCAAAGUUCGAGAAGCUUUAGUAGUGCUGGCUUAAAUAUAUAGUCCACAUUAAUUGUUACUGGGUCUUUUGGAACUAUAUUUAUGAAGAGAAGAGGCUGUUUUCCCUCUUAUUUCUUGAUCUGAUAUCAUUAUUUAGGGUCUACCUUUAAUUUAUGGGGGAAUUUUGACAGAAAAAGAUUUUGUUAGAUCUGCUUGAAUUGCCCCAAAUGUGUUGUUGAAGUGCCUGUAGAACUUGUUCUAGAGUAGUUUUGAUACUAAUAAAAGUGUUGUUAGUAGGAUAAAA